GAGCGGAACGCCCCCGGCACGAGCCUAUUCUUCGACGCGCACAACUGCCCCGAAGAUGGUGCCUGCGAACCAGCAGUACACGUUGGUAGGCUUCACGGAAGAUUUAGACUGGAAUCCUCUGCAGUUUGUGAAUGCCCUGCCCAAAAAUAGGCUUUGCAGCCUAUGCGGACUGGUACGCAAGACAACCGCUCUUCUGCCAUGCGGCCACGUAGCGUGUUCUUCCUGCUACGAACAGUGCAAGGUGGCUGACGGACACGUUUGUCCGAUUGAUGGACAAAACUGCCUGGAAGAAGACGUUGAGUGGAGAGAUUUCCCUGCUGAAAAUUUGCUGAAUAGAGAGGUUAAAUGCUGGAACCAGCAACAUGGUUGCACACUCGUGAUGGCUGCCUCAGAAGUCCACAAGCACUUCCACCGGGAAUGUGAAUACCACAUCACAAUCUGCCCAAGAUGCUCGGCGACGGUUUUGUGCCGCGACAUGGGCGAACAUGCGAGAGCUUCAUGCAAUGGCCAUGCAGCACCUCAAGAAAUGGAGUGCGAGGAAAAGCUGGGCCACGCUGCGGUGGCCGAAAUCAUAGAAGGUGUCCGGAAAGCAGUGCAAGAACAGGCGCACGAAAUUAAGGAGCAUCUAGAGAGAGCAUGUGGAGAAAAUGGCACUCUUAUCAGCAGGCUAAGUGAGGUCUCUCAAAGUGUGGACUCUCUCAUGGAACCGGUGAGGCAAGGUAUUGCUCCUGUGGGAGAAAUCAGUGGCGCGGCACAUCACCUGUUGAAUGGCGUCAACACACUACGUGAUGUGGUCAGCGGUGGAAUGAGCGCGAUAAAAAAGCAAAAUGGACAGCUUAAUCAAGUUAGAGUGGCAAUCGAAGGUGUGAAAAAAGAUGCAGGUGCAAGUACGAAGAGAAUGCUUGAGAUGCAGGAGAGAGCUCUCGCACACGCUGACAGAAAUGAAACGCGUUGUGACUUUUUUGUUCCAGGAAUAGGUUCGCUUCAGGCUAAGGCGUUGAAAGACAGCGCGAGCGAGUAUGUCCACAAAAAACGGGUAUAUCUUCGUGGUUACAAUAUAUCACCUGGCGUUAUGCUGAAAAAAAGUGGAGAAAACGUGUUACUUGGGAUGAGGCUUAAACUGAACAAAGGGGAUCAUGACGAUCACAUUACAUGGCCAUUUCAGCACAAAAUACGUUUUACUAUCCUACAUCCUGAUAAGGGCGAAGAUAAAGAGGUAGUACACAACUCGUGCCGCACUAUGAAAGCGCUUGAGAAGUCAGCUUUAGGAAGUAACCAAUUCGCUUGGUUUGAGGCAUUUGAUCUUGGAGACCUGAAAAAAGACGGAUAUGUCCACAACGACACUCUGCGCAUCACGUGGGAGGUACUUUGAUUGUCGCUAGAAAGAAUCGCAGAGUUUGAUGUUGAUAUUAUGUACAGCGUCCAAAGGGUAGCCUAAUACGCAUCGUUAUUUGCGAUAUAUUUGCAUGACUUACUUCUUUUUAGCGGUUGAACACAAAAACGUGACAUUUGGCAAAAUUUUUCGAAGUUGGAAUCUGAGAGAGGCUCUGAGUAAGACGCAGUUCUUACUUCUUUUUUUUUGAAUAUUACAACACACAUGAAUGACGCCGCAUUUAAGAGACCUAAAUUUACGCGCCGCCAAAUCCUUAAGGGUACACGAUGUGACUAGGUAUUUCAGAUGUGUCGAUUCGCUGGUCAUGGUUUGCCCUUUACCUAUGAGUACUCUGAACUAAAAUCGAAAAAAGAACAUUUGAUGUACAGUAAUAUUCUUUGUUUUCUAUUGUGGCUUUGUGCUGCCAAAUCAUAUCUUUUUGGGGUUGUGGCAUUGAAUUUACAUUUACUUUUUGCAUUUUUUUUGUAGAAUAGUAGCUUUCUCACUUUUCAGCCGUUCGCCCACCACGCUUGCAUCUUUAUUCUUCACAUGAAUGAUAUCUUUAUUACAAGUAAGCAUUGCAUAUAUAACUAUAUAUUCAUAAUAUUUCACUGACUAGUAAAGAAAGCCUUUUAGUAGGUUGUGUAAGUUACGCUGCCCUGUAUUCACAACCUAGUUAAUCCUUGUGACUUAUGCCUGUGUAAUUGUUUCUGCAAGACGGAAUAAUAAAUGUGAGAGGUUUUUCUUGUUUGUUU